GGGCUCAAGGGUCAUACAAGAUGGCGGCGCCCAGGAGCUGCUAAGGCAUGAAGGGGAGGAUGGCCCUGGCCGCGCUCGCUGCUUGGGCACGGCUGCAGCGGCGGCUGAGCUGGCCGGGACUGGGGCGAGGGCACUGGACCACGGCCCAGGGCUCGCGGAGCCGGCGCGAGGCGGCAGAAGCUGAGGCCGACAAGCCAGUAUUCCAGUACGUGGGCGAGCGUGCCGCACGCGUCAGCCGCAUUUUCGUGUGGGGCUUCACUUUCUCCGGGGCGCUGGGCAUACCCACGUUCGUGUUGCCUGGCUCCGGGCCUAAGUCUCGCGCCGGCUCGCGGUCGUAUCGCAGGAUCCAAAUCGUGCCCUACCGCCUGGAGCUGGACGAAAAGAUUUCAUCUGCUGCCUGUGGUUAUGGAUUCACGUUGCUGUCCUCUAAAACCAAGGAUGUUACGAAAGUUUGGGGGAUGGGACUCAACAAAGAUUCUCAGCUUGGAUUUCAAAGGAGCCGGAAAGAUAAAACUAGAGGCUACGAGUAUGUGUUGGAGCCCUCGCCCAUCCCACUGCCUCUGGACAGACCUCAGGAGACACGAGUGCUGCAGGUUUCCUGUGGCAGAGCACACUCCCUUGUCCUGACAGACAGCGAGGGAGUCUUCAGUAUGGGAAAUAAUUCUUAUGGGCAGUGUGGAAGAAAGGUGGUCGAAGAUGAAAUUUACAGUGAAAGUCAUAAAAUCCAUAGAAUGCAGGACUUCGAUGGACAGGUGGUCCAGGUCGCUUGUGGUCAGGAUCAUAGUCUGUUCCUAACGGAUAAAGGAGAAGUCUAUUCUUGCGGAUGGGGCGCUGAUGGGCAGACAGGUCUGGGUCACUACAAUAUCACCAGCGUGCCCACGAAGCUCCAGGGAGACCUUGCGGGAGUGAACAUUGUGCAGGUGGCCACCUACGGUGAUUGCUGCCUGGCUGUGUCUGCUGAUGGAGGCCUCUUUGGUUGGGGAAACUCUGAGUACCGACAGCUGGCUUCUGUCACUGAAUCUACACAGGUGAAUGUGCCCCGGUGCUUACCCUUCUCAGGAGUGGGGAAGGUGCGGCAGGCUGCAUGUGGUGGUACAGGCUGUGCUGUGCUCAAUGGGGAAGGACAUGUUUUUGUCUGGGGAUAUGGAAUUCUUGGGAAAGGACCAAACCUGGUGGAAACUGCUCUUCCAGAAAUGAUUCCACCCACUCUCUUUGGCUUGACGGAGUUCAACCCAGAAGUCCGGGUUUCCCACAUUCGAUGUGGACUCAGCCACUUUGCAGCACUUACCAACAAAGGAGAGCUGUUUGUGUGGGGCAAGAACAUCCGAGGAUGCCUGGGGAUUGGUCGCCUGGAAGACCAGUAUUUCCCAUGGAGGGUGACGAUGCCUGGGGAGCCUGUGGAUGUUGCAUGCGGUGUGGAUCACAUGGUGACACUGGCCAAGUCAUUCAUCUGAAUCUCCUGCCUGACCUGCUGGAGUCUGGCCCUGGCCUCAGAACCACUCCGACUGCUUAGAGGCAGGCACAUGAAUGCCCAGCUUGGAUUCCUGUUUGGUGGCAGAAGGGGAUGAGGACCCUUUGUGGAGUGUGGCACUUGGUGGGCAUGUACAGAGAGCAUCUGGGACAAGGUCCCAAACUCAGCUGAGGAUAAGACCUACUGAAUUCAGCACAGGACACUGCCUUUGUGGGCCGGGCUCCUGAGAUGCUGGGAUGGCCUGGGGUGGGGAGAUGAUUUACACAUCUCAACUGUCUUCAGGUAACAUGGGGCAGCUUCUGGUAUAACCUUUGACCCAAGACACCAGUCUUAGGAAAGCUUAGCCUUCAUGGCAUAACGUUUUGCACUGUCUUACAGGGGACCCUGAUAGAAUGUAGCACUGAGGCUGGUGUCUCUUUCCCCUUGUCACGGCAGGCCCCUUGGUUUGUGUCUGGCAGGCUGUAUUUGUGCCUCAGGCUGAGCCUUGGUUGUAGCUGAGGGAGCCAGGCUGGCUUUAGCCAAGUUGGUCUACUCACAGCCCUUUCAGGUCAGCUACCGCACCGCAAGCUUACUGGUAGGACACAAGCCAGCAGCCUGAAAUACCUCAGACUAGGAUUCUCCAUGGAGCUGCCAGUGCACACCAGCCUGUCACUCAACGGGGCCCGUGGCUAUCUUCAGCCUGUGACCAUCUCACUGCUGGGCUUAGAAAAGUUGAAAAGCCCCUCAGGAAGAUUGAGGCCAAAUUCUCGUGGGCUGAGGGCGGUGAACAUGUCCACAAAGGCUUGGCUGCAGUGCCAGCCUUGGAGAAGAAAGAUUCGGGGAUUGUGAAAAGCAUUUGAUUUAGUAGCAUGACUUGUCUUUUCCUUUAAAAACAUCUUUUAAAGAUCUCUUUGGAAUAAAGUCUAUUCUCUGCCUUUUGAUUUUUAAGAA